AUGGCUACAGAUGACGACGCCGAAAUAGCUCGGCUGCUGGCCGUUGAAAACCCGGAGCAGUAUUACGAAUAUGAUUUUGGAAACGAGGAAGAUGACCCUGACGACGGGGAUGAUCCUGACUAUGGGGCGGGCAAGAAGGGCGGCAGGAAGGGAAAGAAGAAGAAGGCCGCCGAGGCAGGUGGAUUGGCCUCUGCAGCGACGGGCUUUGACCCCGCGACCACCGCGGCGGCAGCUGCAUAUGCCUUGCCUGCAGUCACAGCAACGGGACCUGCCGCUGCCGGUGCCGCGCCCGCCACGGCGGAAGCGCAGCAUGGCAUGAUGGUGAACGGCGUGACUGCAAUGCCGGGGGCGGCACUGCCCGGCGUGAUGCCGGGGGCGUCGAUGCAGAUCAUGCUGCAGCAGCAGGCGUUGGCAGCAGCACUGGCUGCAGGCGGCGGGGCGGGCAUGACGGGCCUGCAGAUUGCACUGCCCCCGGGGGUCAGCCUGGAGCAGGCGUCGAUGAUGGGCCUGCCUAUCAUGGCCCUACCAGUGCAACUGCCGCAAGCCGGCGGCGGCAUCGCAGACGCGCCUGGCUCGACAGCCACCGCCGCCACGCUGCCCAUGGCGCCAGGGUCCACCGCCGCGGUACUUCCGAGGGUGGGAGGAGUGGGCGGCAUGCCAGCAGCAGCUGCGGCGGUGGCCAAGCCUGCAGCAGGGGCAGGUGCUGGCGGGGGCAAGUCGUCUGACGGCGACGAGUUCACUGCCACGGGGCGGCGCAAGCGCAAGGACACAGGCAAGCAGCGGCAGCAGUCGCGCAGCUGGACGGACGAGGAGGAGCGGUUGUUCCUGGAGGCGCUGCAGCUGUAUGGCAGGGACUGGAAGCGCUGUGCGGAGCAUGUGGGCACCCGCGACCACCGCGCCUUCACCAGCCAUGCACAGAAGCACUUCAUCAAGCUGCUGCUGCGGGGCGAGGAGGUCCCCCCAAAGGUGGCGGAGACGGGCCGCGGCUACACGCUGUCGGGCAAGUCUCUAGACCCAAACUCUGCGGCUGCGCGCGCCUAUGGGCUCAAGCCCGACCUCUUUACACGCAUUGCGGGCACCGGAAAGUUGGUUGUGGGGGUGCACGUGACAACGCUGGACAUGAGCGAUGGGCCGCCGCCGCAGAUCCAGCGUUCACGCGGCGGCAAGAGCCCCCUGGGCGGCGGUGGUGGCGGCGGCGGCAAGCGGCAGCGGCGCGGCAAGAGCAGCGGCGAACGGUUUGGGAGCGAGUACGAGACUGAGGAAGAGGAUGAGGAUGCGUUCCUGGCCUCGGCCAUCCAGGGAGAGGUGGCGGAAGCGGCUGAACCAACAGAGUAUGUCCGCAAUCGGCCGCGGCGGCAGGUUGGGCGGCGCAUGCAGCUGGGUGAGACCACAGAGUCCACGGACCUCACUCAUCUGGACAGCUUUGUGGGGCCGCCCGGCACCGGGGCGCCCAUGGCCCAGCCCUUCCAGGUGACCAUCGACAGGCAGGCGGUGCUGGUCAUGGACUUCCACGCACACCUCAGCCGGUGUGAGAUUAUUGGGCUGCUGGGCGGCGCCUUUGAUGCUGAGCGGCGUAUGCUGGAGAUCCGGGAGGCCUACCCCUGCCGCCGUGCAGAGGGGCAGGCAUCUGGCACGUCGGUGGAGCUGUGUGCUGAGAGCCAGGUGGAGGUCAGCGGGCUUAUGGAGGAGCGAGGGCAGGUGCCGGUGGGCUGGUACCACUCGCACCCUGUGUUUGAGCCACGCCCCUCGCAAAAAGACAACGAGAACCAGCGCAACUACCAGGCGCUGUGCCGCGAUGCUGCCACCGGGCUGGAGCCCUGGGUGGGCGCAAUUGUGGGGCCGUACGACCAGGGGCUGGAGAGCGCGAGCUCCCAGAUGCAGCUGUGGGUGGUGAAGAUGCACAACGGCGAGCUGCGCCCCUUCAGCAUCCGUGCACUCACCACUGGCGGGGAUACAAUGCCCACGCAACACACCGAGCAAGCAGUCGCCAUGGCAUUGGACCAGCUAGACGGCGACGUGGGGCGGGUGGAUUUGUCGGAGCAAUGGCGCCCCUACUCUCGCCUGAGCAUGCAGCAGCCCGAGGGCCCACCGCUCACCAAGAUUCAAAAGUUGCGGGAGUCGCUGGCAGCGCACCUGCCGGCGGCGGAGCACCCGGCUGAGCAGCAGGCAGCUGCUAUGCCAAAGCUUGACGACCCCGAGGGCUAUGACCUGCCAUCCCGCCAGCAGUUUUCGAUGGCAGUGCCAGGCAUGCUCAAACAAGAGUGA